CCAAUGAGCAUUUGCUUUUUGUUCACAAAACCCAACACUUCCUUUUUAAAUCAAACCCUCCGUCUCCCUUCGAAGAUCAGGUUCAUCCUUCGUCUUCCUCCACGCCGGAAUCUGCAGAGAGAGAGAGAGAGAGAGAGAGAGAGAGAGAGAUGAAGAACGGAGGGAACAACAACACGAAGCUCAUUCUUCUUCAUCCCUACAUACAGAAACAGACUAGCACGAAUCGGCUAUGGCUUCUGGCCUUCGUCUCCUUCUUCACUAUCGCAUUCCUCCUCACCUUACUCUACACCAGAGACUCCUUCCUCUCCAAACCCUCCGCCAUUUCCUCCGUCGCCGCCGUCACAUCCGCCGGAGCCGCCGCAACCACCGGUAUCCCCCAGCUCCCGACGAGCGUAAUCAACGCUCUGCUUCACUACGCGUCGAGAUCCAACGACAGCUUCCACAUGUCCUACGGAGAGAUGAAAUCCAUCUCCGACGUGCUCCGCCGCUGCGCUCCGCCGUGCAAUCUCCUCGUCUUCGGCCUCACCCACGAGACCCUUCUCUGGAAAUCUCUCAACCACAACGGCCGUACGGUCUUCGUCGAGGAGAACCGCUAUUACGCUGCGUACUUCGAGGAGCUUCACCCGGAGAUCGACGUGUUCGAUGUCCAGUACACGACAAAGGCCACGGAGGCGCGUGAGCUCGUCUCGGCGGCGAAAGAGGCGGCGCGUAACGAGUGCCGACCGGUUCAGAACCUCCUCUUCUCCGAUUGCAAGCUGGGUCUCAACGACUUGCCGAACCACGUGUACGAUGUUGACUGGGACGUGAUCUUCGUCGACGGGCCACGUGGCAACGGACACGACGGACCUGGUCGGAUGUCGUCGAUUUUCACGGCGGCGGUGCUUUCCCGGAGCAAAAAAGGCGGGAACCCGAAGACCCAUGUCUUCGUCCACGACUAUUACAGGGACGUCGAGAGGCUUUGCGGCGUCGAGUUCCUUUGCCGGGAGAAUCUCGUGGAAUCUAACGAUAUGCUUGCGCACUACGUGCUGGAUAGGAUGGACAAAAACAGCACGCAGUUCUGUCGCGGAAACAAAAAACGUUCCAGUUCUUCUUCGCCUAAAUAAGAAAGCUUCCUUUUGUCUUUUCCUUAAAUAAACAAUCAAGUCGGUAGGGUGUUUUUUCUAUGUAUGUAAUAGUUGAUGACGAGCGAUGACGCAGCAAUGCUCUUUCACACGAGUUUGUAAAAAAUAACUUUUUCUUCUUCUUCAAAAUGUUAUUGUAAUUUUGGAUUUCAUGGGAAAAUAUAUAUAUUUUUAAUAUCA